GACAGCGAAAACAAUAACCGAACGAACAACAAAUUAGUGAAAUGGGCAAAAAAAAAACAAAAACUUGUUUAUCGUACACGAAAAUAAAAAGUGAUUAGCAAACAAAAAGCAGAGCGUUCGAAAACAAAAAUAAAUCAGUUACUAAAACGCGCCAGCUAAAUCGAAAAAGACAACAAUUUAUAUAUACCCACACACAUGUGUAAAUCAUAUAGAAAUUUGCUUAUUUUUGUCCGUCUUGGCCAUUCUAUUAUUUGUUUUAUCCGACGCUUCGCCUAAUUAAAAAGUCUUGGACGGCCAAGGCAAUCCAAUUGAGAUACUUUUGGAUAUUUAUGAAUUGGCGAAGGUUGGAAAAACACCUCCCUUACGCUUACAUAAAGUGAGCUUCGAAAUUUUCCACUCGAAAUAAACAAAAGCACUCAGUAGGCUCUCAUUGUCCCAAAUAUCGUGUAGUUGCAAAGUGCCAUUGCAAACAGCUCGGAAUCAAGUCAAGCAAAAUCAAUUAACGCGACAAUUAGCAGGGGCGCAAGAUAAAGAUAGAUGGAUAAACAAAUGGACGUGCAUACGAGUACAUCGUUAUAUAUACAGCGACAUUGUCUUAUUAUCGUUGUUAGUGCGAUUCCCCAGCCAAUUGGCUAUCGAGACAAGUGCAGCUUUGGGAAUCUGUUUAAUUAUAAUGAUUUAUCGCUCAGCCAAGCGCAGCAGAAAGUACUUUGACCCUUUCUAUAUCGGCACAUACACUUUUUCUCUAACAGCUGAUCGCUGUAGCUCGUUCGAAUUUCGAAAAUACUUUCGUUAGUCGCGAGAAUCGGUUGGCCCUCAGAACACGCUCUGCUCUGUUCGCAUUUGUUGCCGGUCACUUUGAUGGUCAUUUCCCAUUGAUCGAGCCUCGCGAACGGUCGUAAAAGGUUGGUGAUUUACGUGAUUUUUCUGGCGUCGAACAGAAAUCGGAAUACAUAUAUUCGAACAACCAACAAUAUUGAAAAGCUUACUGAUUUAUUACAAAAAAAAAAACAAAACAAAAACAAAUCGUGCAAUUGGAUUUAAGCCUCAAUCAACAUCAAUUAAUAACUUAAUACUCUCCCAACAAGUGUUCAAUUUAAGCAAAAAUAACAAAGUGCUAAAAACUUAACUGAUAGUUUUGGCACUAGCUAUAAAUCGAAAUUAUCAUUAAAGUGAAAGUAAAGAGCUUUAAAUUAAAACAAAUCGUUUAAUAAUAAAUAGUACCAAUAUUUUUUGUCUCUUGUGAUGCAGCCCUAGCGCGUUGUGAAUAUUCUUGACCAGCUAUCUUGUGAUAAAAAGAAAACAACCAUGGAAAACUUGUGAUAGUCGUUCAAACACCCAAAGUACAAGGCUCAAAAUAGAAUUUUGUGAUACAAGCUGCGGCUGUGUGAAAGUUGUAAAAAUGGCCGAGCUGAUGCACCAGAUGCGGGAUCCGGCCCACACGCUUGGCGGUUCCGUGGGCAGCAUUCCGCAGACGCUGAUCGGCGGCGGAGGUGGCGGCCACGGCUCCUCGAACGGGGCGUUGAAUGGAAUCCAUGCCACGCCCGCCACGAAUCUGAAAAUGAGCGAGGCGAUGCGCAGUGCCCAGCACGACACAAGCCCCAAUCCCGUCAGCUCCAAGAUGAAGGCCUCCAAGUCCUACACCCAUGGCCUGAGCAGCUCCUCGGGCACGGUGAACAUUCCCACGUCCACGUCGGCCCAGAGCAAUCUCUCGCUGCUGGCGGACAUCUCGCCGAACCACACGCACUUCUUCGAGGUGAUGUACGUGGGCAAGAUCCGGGUCUCCCAGAAGCGGGUGCCCAACACCUUCAUCGACGACGCCCUGCCCAAGUUCAAAGCGUACGAUGCCCAGCGGCUGCGUCUCCUCCAGAACCGCAAGAUGUCGCUCAGCAGCGAGGGGGGAGUGGGCAUCGAGGCGAAGCCCGGCAGUUCACUCAAGAGCCACGACCUCAAGGAGGAGGACGAGGAGGAGCCGGAUGCACAGGCCAAGCCCCUGGUGCAGCUGCAACUGACAGGCGCCGAGGAAGGGGCUGCACCGCAACCCCUGGAGGGCAACAAGGAGACCAAAUCCCCCGAGAAGCGCCCUCUGCUGCGAGGUCAGAGUCAAAUCGAGCUGGGCCACAAGGAGCACUCCGAGAGCUCUGAGCCAUCGGCAUCCAAUAGCCAACUGGAGGCGACCAAUGUCAUUGUAAACAAACAGCCCACUCCGCCCAGGGAACAGGGCGUGGCCGUGGCCGUGGCCUCUGGGACAGGGAAUGGAACUGGGAAUGAAAAUGGAAAUGGAAGUGGGGGUGCCACUUCCGCUUCUGCUGGCCCUAGUCAGCUGCAUCCCAGUUAUGCGAUGGAGAACAUACCCAAGCUGAGGGAUCGGUCCGCGUCGCAAGGCUGCAUUCCGCCGUUUGUGGAACAGAACCGGACGAUGGUCUUUCUCGUGGGACGAUGCGAUCUCCGCCUGAUCUCGCCGGAUCGCAAGCAGGUGCUGCUCUACAAGGACUUCAAGGACGUGGCCAGCUGCGUGCAUGGCCAGAAGUCGCUGGAUCACUUUGGCAUCAUCUGCCGGGAGCUGAACAACGACGGCUACAUUGGCUACGUGUUCAAGUGCCAGUCGGAGCACGUGUGCGAUGACAUUGUGGCCGCCAUUGCCCAGGCAUUUGACACCUGCGCGGAGCAGAAGAAGAAACAGGAGACGCAGAUAUUCAGCUGCGAGCACUGCCCGAUGCUCUGGUACCACAAGCUCUGCACGGAUGUCGAGGGACUCUCCGAGAAGAAGACCCAGGCCCUGAUCCUGCGCCGCAUCGAAACGCUCAGUGACGACGAGCAGGAGAUCGUGUGGGCCAAGUUCUGUGGCUCGGAGAAGACCAACUCACCGGUGGCCGAGCAGAACCAGUUCCUCAUGAUGCUGCUCCGGGCACACUGCGAGUCCAGGCAGCAGAGGCAUGUUCACGACACCGCCGAGAAUCGGUCGGAGUUCCUUAACCAGUAUCUCGGCGGCAGCACCAUCUUCAUGAAGGCCAAGCGCUCGCUGACCAACUCCUUCGACAACCUCCUCAAACGCAAACCCUCCAAGGACGAUAUCGCAGUGCCACCGCACAAUUUAAGGGACAUCAGGGAGGGAUCCGCCGAGCCCCUGGGCACUCAAUCACCACCCGAGGGCUUUCGGUCGCGCUCGAAUACGGUGGGAGCCAGUCCCAGCAGCAAGCCCACAGCUGAGCAGCUGAAGAGCCCCAUGAUGGACAUAUUCAUCAAGGUGGGCAACAGUCCCAAAGAGGCCGAAACACACCAGGGCUCAUGGCGCCAGGCGAUACUUAAUAGUGUGGUGACACCCUCGAAGGGUCUGGAUAGUGAGGUACCCACGGAGUUUCUGUCGCCUAUGCGCAAGCCUGUCAAACGGGGCAAGCGGGAUGCGGCGGAGCUGAGGGAACUUUGGCGCACUGCCAUCCGGCAGACCAUCAUGCUGAACCGCAUGGAGACGGAGAACGCCAUGCUGCAGGCACGCCAGAACGAGAACGAGCUGAAGCGCAUCAAACUGGACUACGAGGAGAUCGUGCCCUGCGACAAGCAGCUGAUCGAGCGCUGGGAGCAGAUUAUCGAGCGCAACUCCACGCAGAUUGGCAACAAGAAGGAUCCCAAGGUGCUGGGUCACGCCAUCCGCACCGGAGUGCCGCGUUCGAAGCGCGGCGACGUGUGGACCUUCUUGGGCGAGCAGCAUUCCAUGAACACGGCUCCGGUGGACACAAAGCGAUUCCCCAACUUCAAUACGCCGUAUCACACGCUGCUGAAGCACCUUACCGAGCAUCAGCAUGCGAUCUUCAUCGAUCUGGGCAGGACGUUCCCCAAUCACCAGUUCUACAAGGAUCCCCUCGGAUUGGGGCAGCUGUCGCUGUUCAACCUGCUGAAGGCAUACUCCAUUCUCGAUCCGGAGCUGGGAUACUGCCAGGGUCUGGGCUUCAUCUGCGGCGUUUUACUCCUGCAUUGCGAUGAGGCCAAUGCGUUUCAGCUGCUGAAACACCUAAUGUUCCGCCGGAACAUGCGCACAAAAUACCUGCCCGACAUGAAAAAGUUUCAGUUGCAGCUGUAUCAGCUCUCCCGAUUGGUCAAGGAUCACUUGCCAGACCUGUAUGUGUGGCUCGAUCAGAACGAUGUGUCGCCCACCUUGUAUGCGGCUCCCUGGAUCCUGACCGUCUUCAGCUCCCAGUUCCCGUUGGGAUUCGUGGCCCGCGUUUUCGACCUGCUCUUCCUGGAAUCCUCCGAUGUGAUCUUCAAGUUUGCCAUUGCGUUGCUAUCAGUGCACAAGCAGCAACUCCUGGCCAAGGAUAACUUCGAGGAGAUCAUGGACUACCUGAAGACCGUGGUGCCCAAGAUAGAGCCCAGCUGCAUGGAGCAGAUAAUGAAGCUGGUCUUCGCCAUGGACAUUGGCAAGCAGCUGGCCGAGUAUAAUGUGGAGUACAACGUGCUGCAGGAGGAGAUCACCACCACCAACCAUCACCUGGAAAUGCUGAACAGGGAAAAGACACAGAACCAGCAUCUCGAGCAGCAAUUGCAGUUUGCCCAAUCCUCGAUUGCUCAGCUGGAGACCACUCGCUCCUCGCAGCAGGCUCAGAUAACCACGCUGCAAUCGCAGGUGCAGUCUCUGGAGCUGACCAUCCAGACCCUGGGUCGGUACGUCGGCCAACUGGUGGAUCACAAUCCCGACCUGGAGCUGCCGAACGAGGUGAGGCGCAUGCUGCAGCAGCUGGACGACCUGGAGCGGCAGCGUCGCAAACCCAUCUUCGCCGAGCGCAAGAUCGGCAAGUCCGUUUCCGUCAACAGUCACUUGGGGUUUCCACUCAAGGUGCUCGAAGAGCUGACCGAAAGAGACGAACUUGGUUCGCCACAAAAGCAGAAGAAGGAGAAGACACCUUUUUUUGAGCAGUUGCGUCAGCAGCAGCAGCAGCAGCAGCAACAGCAACUGCAGCAGCAACGCCUCAACGGCCAGUCCCCAAGUGGCAGCGAUUCGGUGUCCCCGACGCCGCCGUCGCGACCCAAUCGCCUGCUGGACAAUGCCAGCGCCCGGACCGUCAUGCAAGUGAAGCUGGACGAGCUGAAGCUGCCCGAGCACGUGGACAAGUUCGUGGCGAAUAUCAAGAGCCCGCUGGAGGUGGACUCGGGCGUGGGCACGCCCCUCAGCCCGCCCAGCACGGCGAGCAACAGCAGCGGCGGUAGUAUAUUCAGUCGCAUGGGCUAUCGCACCACGCCGCCGGCCCUCUCGCCGCUGGCCCAGCGCCAGAGCUAUGGAGUGGCCAUCACCACGGCGCCGUCUGCCCACCAGAUGGAGGAACAGCCGCCGGCGACGACAAUGGCCGCCAUGCCACGGGAGGAGGCGGAGGAGCCGCAGGCCAUGCAUCCGCUCAGCAUGGUCGGUGGCGAUGUGAACGUGCGCUUCAAGGGCACCACGCAGCUCAAGUCCAUCCGUCCGGUGCAUCACAUGCGGGCCAUUCCGCUGGGAGUCCAGUCCAGCACGGAGUCCGCAGUGCGUGUGGCUCCCGUGCCCGUGGAGCUGGCACCGCCGGCGGCCACGGCGACCACCGGUCGCAGCUAACGGUUCUGAUUCAUUGGGAAACUGUUGCGCGGAUUCUAUCGCGACUAGGGCCCGCAGGCAGAUGGGCAGGCAGCUUACAAAAACCCAACGCUACUCAUAACCUCUUCUGUUGCGAUUUAGAUACGAUUAACCCAACCCAAACCAACACUACGCAAGAUGCAAGCUGCAACCUCUUCGUUUUCAAAGUGUGUCGUCUAUGUGUCGAUGUGCGCACAAAAUGUUGCCAUAUAUAUUGAUCCGAAAGUUACGCAAUCGUUAUAAACAGAUGCCCCAAAUAUUAUACAACUAUAUACAUAUAUGCUUAUAGGAAUAAAUUGGAUAAUGCUUUUUCAAGGUUUUAUAUAUUUGGCUACCGCAUCAAAAUCGAAGCUUAUAACCUAAGGCACAUCGCAAGAAACAAACGCAAAAUCAAAAGAAGCAUUCAUGAGUCUGUAGUUUGUUUAGUUUUCACCCCCCCCUUAUUGACCUAAUACUUAACGAAUUUACUUAGUAACUUACUUGUUGAUUUUCGUGUUUCUUUAGUUAUAGAUCAUUAGUUCUUAAUGUUAUUCUUAAUUUAAUUAUAUGUGUACAUUUCUCCCAGGGUUUUACUUUGCAAUGAAACUAAAGUCAGAUACCCAAUGUAUAAAACAAUUCCGAUGACACUUGCUUGUACAUUGUUCUUGAGUAGGAUACAACUUUCUGAAAUCUCUUUCAUUAUGAUUAUGGUACUUGGAUUGUAUUGAUUGUUUACAUAUUACAUACGUUUAUGAAAACUGAAUACACAAGCAAAGAAAAUAAUAAUUGCUUCUGUGUUAAGUACUUAUGUAUCGCUUAGCUGGACGGUUUUUAUCGAACGUCCGGAGUUUGUGUAGCUGAUUUGUGUUAGAAUAUGAUUAAAACAAACAAACAAUUACAUGAAAACAGUAAUAAAGUCAAAAAUUAUUUAAUCAAAA